AUGUACGCGGCGGCGGGCGGCGCCUCGCUCGCGGGCCGGAAGGCUCGGCAGCACGGCCGCCAGCCCGCGCCGGCGCCGGCGGCGAGCCCGCGCGCGCGCAGCCCGCCUCACCCCGCACCGACUGGCGUGCGCGCCUACUCCUGCCAGCACUGGGAGUCGCGUCUCCUCGCCCCGCCGGCAUCACUCCCCCGCGCCGCUCGCGCUGCCUUCGCCGCCCUCGCAGAGCCACAUUCGCCAUGCGACACCGUCGAGUGCGCAGCUGGGCGCGCCGCGUGGCAGGAGGCGGCGGCCGUAUCGGUGGGCGGCGGCGCGGGUGGAGCGGGCGGCGCGGCACGGCGCUGCUCCGUGCCCGGCGACCACCCAGGCGCCCGCCGCGAUCCGCGCGCCAAGUGGCAUCGCAACAACAGGGUUCGGGAUGCGUCGUACGGGUCGUCUUCGGAGUCGGAUGGCGAGGCGGAGGGUGCGAGCGGGGAGCCGUGGGGUGUCGCACGCCUGCUGUACGCAGGUCUCGCCACACUGGCUGUCGGACUCGUCGUGUAUUUCGUUGGAACCGGCGACAAGGGUUUCAAAACUCCGGCGCUUCGACUAGUGGGUCCCUCACUGAUCGUGGCGGGGCUCGCGUGUUGUCUGCUGCGUAUUAUGUUUUGUAUAUUUGCGAAACCCUGUUGUCGACGACGAACAAACUACAAGGAGAACAGAAGACUGUCAGGAGGCGGGGCCGGCGGGGCGGGCGCGGGCGAGGGGGAGGAGCUGCCACUGGCGGGGGCGGGGCGUGCGGGGCCAGCGCAGUGCUCUCCCGCGCGCCGCCUGGACGGCUCCUCCUGCGAUGUGUCCAGCCUGUCAAGCGGCGAGGAGGACGAGCGUCUCCGGAGGUAUCGUACAGCUACUACGCAGCCCCACGCUGUUAUCGUGCAACAGGCGAGUAUGCAUUCUUGUACGUUAAAACCGCCUCCAGCGUGCUCGGGGGCGGGAUCGCCGGGGGCGGGGCCGAGCACGUCUCAGGGCGUAGCGGCCGGCCGCCGGCCUCCACCGCGCAACGUCUCCUUUGCCGCCAACCCCGACGGCGAGCUUGUGCUCAGUCCCGCACAACUGCGCUCCUAACAAGCAAUAAAUCUCGUUGCAAUACAAUUUUAUAUCAACCUUAUAACGGCUUAAUGACUUGACUCUAUAAUCUAUGGAUUGUCUAUGAAUGUUAUGUGAUAGGAUAAUUCUGACCGUUGUUAUAAGUGAUUCGGGAAGCUAUGAGGACGGUCGAUUAUUUGCACGUUUGAAUAAUAAAUUGCAAGCUCCUAUCGAUAUUCGUAACUAAUUUUAAGUGUACUUUGCUAGAUUUAAAUGAAUAUCAGGGCGCC